AUUUUGUAGCAGGCACGCAUGCCGUCUGCUUGUUUGUCGUGGUUGUUAAGUUGUGCCCAUCAUUUUGGAUUUUGGCUGCUGAAAAGAGAUAAUUUACAAAUGGAAAGUUCAGAAGAAUCUAUCUACCCUUGUCAUAGCCAGUAGAGCAUAUGGUCUCCAGUGUAUUUUGCUACCCACUACUCCAUUAUGAGAGUGAAUUCCUAUGACUUACUGAACUAUAGCGUUUCAGAGUAUCUUGGGUACAGUAUGUCAUCUAGCAUCAGAUCAUCUCAUUCUUGUUCCAAAUGGAUUACAAAAGCAACAGCUUCUCUCAACCCAGCUCGGAUUUGAAUCUGGAAACAGUUAGAGCAUUGCACCAGACAGUUGUAGCGUUGCGGGCUGCUUUGGAGCAGUCUCGCUCUGAAUUGUUUGAACUUAGAGUAAAAGUCCAUUCAAGCUCCAAUAAUAAAGUGUAUGCAGACACUAUUGAGAAACUUGCAUUGGAAAACCAUAUUUUGAGAGAACGAGUUUUGAGCUCAAACACAGAUAAGACAAUGGAAGAUUUAAGCCAACCAAAUGUUCCACAUCUUGAGUCUACCGUAGAACAGCCAUCAACCUCCCCUGAUGCAGAAAAUGACAAGAAAGUUGCAUCCCCUCCCUCAGAAUCGUCAAAGGAAUCUGAAGAAGUAGCACCCUUGCAUACACCAUCAGAUAUCGUUCAACAUGAGGAUGCAGAUCAAGAUAAAAUUGUUAAUGAUGACUUGACUGCUGCAGUUAGCCCACCCGUCAUUGAAGAACUUGCCAUGGAAGAAAAGGCCAUAGAUGAAGGAUCCAAUCUGUCUAAUGAAAUAAAACUUGAAGAUGAUGAAGUAUCAUUCCAUAAUGAUGAGAACAUCUCUGAACCAUUGAAUAAAACCAAACCAAACCAAGAAUCUGAUAAUGAAUCUGAGGAGCUAGAUGAUAUUGAGCUUAUAUUUACCACAGAGGAAACUAAGGAAUUAGGUGUAAUGCAGGAGGAUUUAGUAUCAAUAAGUGACACAGAAAACUGGGCCGCUUCAAAUGGACAGACUCCUCUUCCCCUUACUGUUGAGAAAAGCACCCAAUUCGACGAAGAAAACACUGGUCUACGGAUGCCAUGGACACACUCAGUAGUUGUCGAGACUGAUAUAUCCAAAUGUGGGAUAAUUGAUGAGAAUGAGGCUCCAACUACCAACAACAUGAGGCGCAACACAUUGCCAAGCCCAAUGCCUUAUAGACCAAUAAUUCACAAGGAACUGUUGUCAGCUUCCAAAAGUCCAUCACACACUGUGAAAUUUUCUGCAUCCCGUAGUCCUCGGUCUAAUAUGUCUUCAGAAUCAAAACGACUUCCUAUGCGUCCUAUCCUUAUAGAACCAAAUCGUUCUAUUAAAUGUGAAUCUGCAGCUCAGACAGACAUCACUGCUUUACCUUCUCAUUGGAAGUCGGAGAGCUAUUUAGCUCAUAAGGUUUCUCACCAGUUCACAACAUUACCAUCAAAAUUUACACUACCUACCAGGCAGUCGAUGCAAAGUCGUCCUUCUCUGAAAAUAUGUGAUCGAAAUCAAGAUGCUCGGAGAAUCCUCCUCUCUGACAUAAAUUUUACCAGUAUGGUGCCUGAGCUAUCCCGCAGUGCUGACCACCUGGCUCUGGAAUCUGGUGUUGUUGGUAUUGGUGACUCAGGCAAUAUUGUGCCUACAGUAGCUGGGCUUUACCGCAACUUCCCAAGGGCUUUUUCUUACAUGAAAAACCCAGACCUCAUGGGGCCCUGCUUAGUAUCUCCAGGUUAUCAACAUGCUCGAGAAUAUGGUCGUUUUCAAUGGUCUCCAUGUGACUGUGUUACCCCAGGCAAAUGGGAGCACCCAACUCGGUAUCAGAGCUCUCAUUCAUCAGCAACCUCUCCUCAACCUCAUGAAAUAGAUGUCAAACUUCGUCCUGAUUUGAAACCUUCAACCUCAUCACUUGAUGUGUGCCGUCAUGGGCAUCUAAUCCAGAGACCUAUAACUUCUUCCUCUUGGCAGUCUGAACCAGCUUCUCCAACUCAUUGCUUUCUUCACAGCAGAACCUGUAGUGUUCCUUUACCUACCUCACAUGCACAAUCUCGUUCCAAACUUGCUGGACUAGCUCUUUCAAGUGCUUUUCGAUAUUCCCCAUCAAGCAGUUUUGGUUCUAAUGUAAAUCGAUCACGCAGCAAGGUCUCAUUUCAAGAAAAUAGCCUUCGCAGACAAGGAAGAGGCGGUCAAUCCCUACCCGAUUUACGUAUUGCUGAAGCACAUGGCGAUAGUGGUGAUUCCACUGACUCUCUCAUAGAUGAAGCUGAAGAUUACGUUCGGAGAUCCAUUGAUUCAAUUGUCACAGUAACAGAUUCAUCACGAAUGAACAGACGUCGCAUGGCACGCAGGCAUUCUGAUCCAGAUCCCCUCAGAGAAAUGGUUGCAACAAAGUCUGCUCAGCCUUAUUUGCCAAAAGCUAUAAAUGAUCUGAAACUAGACCAUUUAGUGAAAGUUAUCACUACCGAUGGCAAAGUAACUGUUGGAAGAGUGCGUUAUGUUGGUGCUGUCGCAGGACUCCCUGAUCCACAUGUUGGAGUGGAACUGACUUCAGGGACUGGCGAUUCAGAUGGUUCUUUCCGGGGACGACGUUACUUUGAAUGCAAUCAGUCUUAUUCUUUAUUUGUGCCAUUCAAGAAAGUAGUUAUGGCCUGGAGGACUUAAAAUAUCACAUCACAUUAUCCUUAUCUUUCUCCUGUUUUGUCAAAAGCAUAACGCUCCUGUUGAAUGUUUGUGAUGACUUUAUUUAUUAUUUUAUUUUUGUUAUCAACUUUUGCUGAAAAAAUGUUUUGUUUUGUGUACAAAUAUUAUUUUUAAGUGUGUUAAGUUACUUUCUUGUUUGUUCCUCUUUUUUGUUAUGUUUGCAUUGAUAUUUCCAUUUUGAGUUUUACUGUUGUCUGUUUGAGAUUUUACCAAACACUGGUGUAUCACAUUCCUAUAUAUUUUUUAAUCCGUUUAACUGUUUUACCGUAUUUAUUUGAAUCUAAGACUCACAGUUUUACUCCAUUUUCAAUCGGAGUACUACAUGUUACUGACAAGACCAUGUAUUGCAGUGAAACCUUUUUAUCAGAAACCUCAACAGUUUGCAAAUUUUGAUCUUUUCCUCUCUUUUGUAAUUUGUGAAUUGUGAAAAAAGCAAUAGUGUUUGGGUGACCGUUAACAUCACAACAUUAAUUUAUGUCUAAAUAAUGACUUUCUGGUGACCAUAUCUUAAGCUUUUAUUGGCAAGUCAUUCUACGUGAAAUAAGUAGUUGAAGUAGACUUGCUCCAAAAGAUAGAGACUAAGUGUUUCCUUUUAGCAAACAUGUUGUCAGUGUGCUUGCAGAACAAGCUGGUGUAUGUCCCAUAGUGGAAUGGAGUGAAAAUUUUGAUUGGACUAGAUUUCUUUAAAGUCCAUUGGUGGUCAUCUGACAUAACAACAUAUGUGAUAUGGGAAACCCAUAAUACCUUUUUUGUUAUGUUCAAUGACCUGUAAGGUACUAUGCAUAAAUAGGUACUGUCUAACUUGUGUAGACAUGUGUUGAAGAUAGCUUAUCCAAUAUGAAAUCGAUAACGUAGCUCAGAAUAAGGUGUAUGGAGUUGAACUCUCUUAAAAAGGUAUGCCAAAUUGUGCAUCUUUGUGAUGGUGGUUGGACUAUUUUUCUGAGUCUUGCCCAUUGAGAAAUUAUAUGCAUUUCAUUUAUAAAUAUUUUUAGUCUUUGGGGACAAUAAGGUCACAACUUGGCAACGUCAUAAGUGAGUUCAACAGUCUUCAUAUGCACUCUCAUAUUUUUUUUCAAAAGCGAAAGGAGUAUUUAUGAGUAUUUUAUUGUCCUUUGUUAAUUGCAGGGUACCUUGAAUGAAGAGUCAGAUGUAUCAACUCUCUGUGGUUUUGAUGAUAAGCAACACAUCCCUCCACUUUAGAAUCAAGUCUUUAUUGUGUAACCUAAUGUUGUUUAGGAUCUAUAUUAUCUAAGCUUUGAAGUAGCCUGUUUGAUUAACGUAUAGUGUGACCUAAUCACUUGGUCUCAUUACCUGGAACUUUGAUUUAAAAACAACUGACCCUAUCACUUUAGCAUAUCAUCUGCUCUCUUUCUUUUUCAUUGAUACUAGAGAUUUCAUAAACAAAUUCCUAUUUACUAAGUUUUUAUCUUGUAUCUUUUCAUCAUCUCUUUUCAGCAAUCUGUCAGAUUGCUGUGUAAUGUUUUUCUUUUUCAUUGAAUCUCAUGACCCCAGUCAGAAAAUUUGUAAAAACUAGAUUCCCGAAAAUCCUUUCCAUUUAUUUGAUUGGGGUGUGUGGACAAUGAACAGUGUCCUUAUCAGUUGAUCUCUUAUGUGAUUGCUUUUAAUGUUGUUAUAAUUUAACAUGACUUAUGAUUCCAUCAGUAUUUUUAAUUCUUCUUUAAAAUGUUCAAUUUUUUUUUUAAACAUUUCAGUAUUAAUGUUUUCCAAACAUCAUCCUUGUAAGUUUGUUUCCCUGUUUUUAUACUUGUUCUAUUCUGGCCUUAAACUUGGUAUUUUAGGCAGUCAACUUUAUCUUCUAUCCCAGAGAAAAAAGGCAAGCUAAGUUUUCUUUGCAGAUUCAAUCUAUCAAGUGAUUUCUAGGUACACUAAUUUGUUUUUAAAUAUAAAUAUUCUUUUAUAGAUGUGUUAACCUGUUGCCUUGAAGAUUAGGUGUUUUUCCCUAGUGGGGUCAAUGAGGCUUAGCCAUAUUGUGGGUGUUGUCUAAAUAAUUAUCAGCUUUCUUUGUAAAGAUAUUUGCUACAAGACAGCUGAUAAGGGUUUGACACCACUUGAAAACUAUCUGUACAUUCUUGUGCAUUGCUUGUCUCAUUGUGCUGGAGAGCCCUGUUCAACCUUUUACAAACAAAAGUGCCUUUUCAUUUAAAAAGGAAAAGAAAAAAAGAAGCAUAUCUGUCUUUAGAUUAUCUGUAAAUUUGACUUUCUAUGUGUGAUUUGUGUUAAAAUUAUUUUCUAGUGCUUUAGGGGAAAGCUACAUGUUAUGUGAGACCAUUUCCCAAGAGGCUUAUGGAUGUUUACCAGUUACUCCAUGUUAACAUUCGUGUUAAUAUGUCACUUGCUGCAGUGAUGCUAAGAUGUUACAUUUAGAGUAAAAAUGAGUGCUUUUCUUUGGCAGCCUUUUCAGUAGUACAAAAUGCCAAAGCUACUCAUAUCAAUGGGAGUGCCUUAUUCAAUACCUUAAAAAAGAGAAGACUUUUGUUGAUAAUGGUCUAAUAUAAUAUUCUGAUAACUUACAAUUUUAAUGCUUACGCAACAUACAACUUAAGUUGUUACCUACUCUGCCUUAAAUUCUACUUAUUGCCAUGGCUGGUCUUUGCAUUUAUUAUAAUCCUGUAUUGUGUGAUUACCUUAUUGUAAUAACUUGCGCACAUAAUUUUAAAUUGCACUAUCUAGAUUCAGAAUUGAUUCCUUUACUUAAAGCUCUAUUUUAUUUAAACAUCUUGUUUUCAUGCCGUAAAAAUGUUCUAGUGUGAUAGAUCUUAAUGCACCUUCAUAUUCAUGCUUCGGAAUUAGAGUCAACUGCUAGUGGACAGGUUUGGUAACAUCUACAUAUUAAUUACAAAAAGAUCUUCAGAUGUUGUAUCCGGUUCAAUAAUUUUCUAGCAAUAUUCGUCGACUAGUGACCAAUGAAAAGACCUGAUCAAUUUUGUUCCUAGGGUACUGACAAAACACUCAACCCUUGUUUCAUGAUUUCAAUAAAGAAAAAUAUGCUUUGUUGAA